AGGUGGCGGCCAGGAGGCUCAUCCCCGGUGUCAUGGCGUCCUAACAGCAGCAGACUGAAUGAGAGCAAAAACAAGCUUUUUUGUCUCCGAGGCCCGACACGCUAUCGCCCUUUCCGCGAGCUCACGUCUCCACCGAGGGGCUCGGCCUCGCUUUUCGCCGCCCACGGCCGCCCUCCGGCAGCCAGGAUACACUUGAAUUUUCAGCGUUAAAUCCCGACCCCGACGUGAACGGUGGAAGAUGGCCGACCCGGCGGAGUGCACCAUCAAAGUGAUGUGCCGUUUUAGGCCGCUCAACAGCUCCGAGGUGACCAGAGGAGACCGAUAUAUUCCCAAGUUCCAAGGGGAAGAAACCGUUGUCAUCUCGAGCAAACCGUACGCGUUUGACCGAGUCUUUCAGUCCAGCACGACACAAGAGCAAGUCUACAAUGCCUGUGCCCAAAGGAUUGUAAAAGAUGUUCUGGAAGGAUACAAUGGAACAAUUUUCGCCUAUGGCCAGACAUCCUCUGGAAAGACACACACCAUGGAGGGGAAUCUCCACGACACAGACGCAAUGGGCAUUAUUCCCAGGAUAGUUCAAGACAUUUUCAACUACAUCUAUUCCAUGGAUGAAAACCUGGAGUUUCAUAUCAAAGUGUCCUAUUUUGAAAUUUACUUAGACAAAAUCCGGGACCUUUUGGAUGUGUCAAAGACCAAUCUGUCAGUGCAUGAAGACAAAAACAGAGUACCUUAUGUCAAGGGCUGCACUGAGCGCUUUGUCUGCAGUCCAGAUGAGGUCAUGGACACCAUUGAUGAAGGCAAAUCCAACAGACAUGUAGCAGUCACAAACAUGAAUGAGCACAGUUCCAGGAGUCACAGUAUCUUCCUGAUCAACGUCAAGCAAGAGAACACUCAAACAGAGCAUAAGCUCAGCGGCAAGCUCUACCUGGUGGAUCUGGCUGGAAGUGAAAAGGUCAGUAAAACAGGAGCAGAGGGAGCCCUUCUGGACGAAGCAAAGAACAUCAAUAAGUCACUGUCGUCCCUCGGUAAUGUCAUCUCGGCCCUGGCUGAAGGAACGGCCUACAUCCCUUACCGAGACAGCAAGAUGACCCGUAUCCUUCAGGACUCGCUGGGUGGUAACUGUCGAACCACUAUCGUCAUCUGCUGCUCGCCUUCCUCUUACAAUGAGUCUGAGACCAAAUCUACCCUAAUGUUUGGACAAAGAGCAAAGACCAUCAAGAACACUGUCACUGUGAACGUAGAGUUGACAGCAGAACAGUGGAAGCAGAAGUAUGAGCGGGAGAAAGAGAAGAACAAGACCCUUAGGAACACAGUCACCUGGCUGGAAAAUGAGCUCAACCGCUGGAGGAAUGGUGAGCUUCUUCCGGACUUAUCGUUGGUUAUAAUGACAUUUCUUCUGACUACUUAUAUGGGUAUUCACAUCCUCCCAGGGGAGAGUGUGCCGGUGGAAGAGCAGUUUGACAAGGAGAAGGCCAAGGAGGAGGUGCUGGCGUUGGACAACAUCAUCAAUGACAAGCCGGCGUCCACACCCAACGUUCCCGGCAUCCGUCUCACCGACGUGGAGAAAGACAAAUGUGAGGCCGAGUUGUCCAAACUCUACAAGCAGCUAGACGAUAAGGAUGAAGAGAUCAACCAGCAGAGCCAGCUGGCCGAGAAGCUGAAGCAGCAGAUGCUGGAUCAGGAGGAGCUCCUGGUCUCCUCCCGCCGUGAUCACGAAAACCUCCAGUCUGAGCUGAACCGUCUGCAGGCAGAAAACGAGGCCUCCAAGGAGGAGGUAAAAGAGGUACUGCAGGCCCUGGAGGAGCUGGCCGUCAAUUAUGACCAAAAAAGUCAGGAGGUGGAGGACAAGACUAAGGAGUUUGAAGUGAUCAGCGAGGAGCUGAGCCAGAAGUCGUCCAUCUUGUCAUCUUUGGACUCCGAACUGCAGAAGCUGAAGGAGAUGUCCAACCACCAGAAGAAGCGGGUCACUGAAAUGAUGUCGUCUCUGCUUAAAGAUUUAGCUGAAAUUGGCAUUGCUGUAGGGAGCAAUGAUAUCAAGCAGCACGAGGGCGGAAUGAUCGACGAGGAGUUUACAGUGGCGCGCUUGUACAUCAGCAAAAUGAAGUCAGAGGUGAAGACCAUGGUGAAACGCUGCAAGCAGUUGGAGGGCACCCAGUCGGAGAGCAACAAGAAAAUCGACGAAAACGAGAAGGAGCUGGCCACCUGCCAGCUCCGUAUCUCGCAGCACGAGGCUAAAAUCAAGUCCCUGACUGAGUACCUGCAGAAUGUGGAGCAGAAGAAGAGGCAGUUGGAGGAGAACGUGGAUUCUCUCAAUGAGGAGCUGGUCAAACUCAGCGCUCAGGAGAAAGUCCAUGCUAUGGAGAAGGAGAACGAGAUCCAGACUGCCACUGAAGUCAAGGAAGCUGUGGAUAAGCAGAUCCACUCUCACCGUGAGGCGCACCAGAAGCAAAUCAGCAGCCUGAGAGAUGAGCUGGACAACAAAGAGAAGCUCAUCACCGAGCUACAGGAUUUGAACCAGAAGAUCAUGCUGGAACAGGAGAGGCUGAGAGUGGAGCACGAGAAGCUCAAAUCCACCGACCAGGACAAGAGUCGCAAACUGCACGAGCUCACGGUGAUGCAGGACAGGCGGGAGCAGGCCAGGCAGGACCUGAAAGGUCUGGAGGAGACAGUGGCCAAGGAACUGCAGACCCUGCAUAACCUGAGGAAGCUUUUCGUCCAGGACUUGGCCACUCGAGUGAAAAAGAGUGCCGAAAUGGACUCUGACGACACUGGGGGCAGCGCGGCACAAAAGCAGAAAAUUUCCUUUCUUGAGAACAAUCUUGAGCAGCUCACCAAGGUUCACAAACAGCUGGUGCGUGAUAAUGCAGACCUUCGGUGUGAGCUUCCUAAACUGGAAAAGCGCCUACGUGCUACGGCUGAGCGGGUCAAGGCCCUGGAGUCUGCACUGAAGGAGGCCAAGGAGAACGCCGCCCGCGACCGCAAGCGGUACCAGCAGGAGGUGGACCGCAUCAAGGAGGCCGUUAGGGCCAAGAACAUGGCCAGGAGGGGACACUCGGCCCAGAUUGCCAAGCCCAUCCGGCCUGGGCAGCAGCCGGUGGCGUCCCCCACUCACCCGAACAUCAACCGCAGUGGAGGAGGCUUCUACCAGAACAGCCAGACUGUGUCCAUCAGGGGCGGCGGCACCCCCAAGACCGACAAGAACUGAAGAGCGAGCAGGAAAUGAGGACACCGCAGAAGAAGCCAAUAGCAACCAACCGCGCCUCCCCCAUCUCCCGAGAGACCCUGCCAUCCCAGCCGCCAACCUGUCAAACCUGUCAUUCCUUUACAGCAGACAGGCUCCUCGUUUCUGCCUCCGAGCCACCAAGAAGUCUCUGAUUUAUAAAUAUAUAUACAUAUAAAUAUUCCUGGCUGUACAGCUCUAAGCAUUCACUCCCUGCUUAAACCCCACCACCUCCCAAGCACCUUUCUCUCAUCACGAUGCAUCACGUCCUUCCAUAAUAACAAAAAGAUGGUGAGUUUACAGAAGUUAAUAAUUGUGUCCACUCAACCAACCAAACAGUCUUGAGCGCAGCCUUGGCGAGCGAAACUGCACGCGACUUGAAUGUGUAGCUUUCCUUUUUUUGUUUUUAAAUUCUUUUUUUUUUUUUUGUUUAGUUUAGGUUUUUUUUGCACAUGACUGUCAUCGUCGUGCGAGUAGUUUUGCACUGCCCCGAGCUGAAUGUAACGGUAGCAAGACCUGAACAUUACACAAAGAAAGACCAAAAAUAGACCCUAUCCUAUCGCGAGACCUAACUCAACCUUUAUAGGCCAACCUCUGUACAUUUGAAAAUUAGCAGCACACUUCUCACGGUAGAUUUGACAUACUUCUUUAAGGGGGACAGUAAAUAUAUAUAUAUAUAUAUAUAUAUAUAUAUAUAUAUAUAUAUAUAUAUAUAAUUAUUUUUUUUAUACACACACACACUCAGAAAACAUGGAAAUGGCUAGAUGGCAUCAAACACUACUGUCGUGUUCAGUCAUACAGAUGUUAAAUCUGCACUAUUGCACACGCUCUCCUGGUCGCACAACUGGAUGGUGGUGGUGGCUAAGGAGGUGGGCCUAAAAAAACAAAGCCAAGUUGUGCAACGGUGUACUGUAGAUGUAUUUAACUCAAUACCUGUGGAGGCCAAUUGUUGUUAUGGUUAAGUUAAAGCUGUACUCGUUAUGGUCGUGGGAACGAUGUGAAGAGCAAAUGUAGGAAGGAAGAGAAUGAUCCAGUCAACACUUUUUAGAAAGCCUGUGAUGCUACUUGUGCUCUUUUUGCCUCUCACUGGUGGACGCUAUUUAUAUCUGCAAAUACAGUCGUAGACUUGGGGUGUACUCACCAACACGCCACACUUGUCCUGUCCCAGGUGGGUGGAAAAUGUUCUUGAUCCAAAAUCAACUUCAAGGGUUCAUUAUUUGCCGCGUCCUUACCCUCAUUAAUAAAUGUGGCGUCUCUGUCUAUAUGCCCCUUUGGGUUGAGUUUUUACUGGGCUUGAUGUACUGUAUCGCUUUCCGUACUUCUAGAUUGAUAAAUUGCGCUCGGAGGGGGACUCUUGUCCAGGAUCCAAACCCUUUGUUGCUGAUCAGCAAGUCAGAAAAGCAGGGUUAAGAAUUGCACAACAAUCUGUUGUUGCCUGAGGAAGUGUUUAUAUUUAACAAAUCAGCAGUGUAGGACUUUAUAAUUAUGGUUCUUUGUUUACGUUAUUCUGUCCCCUCUUUUUUAAACCAACACAUUUAGUUUUUUUUGUACCUAGUAAAGCCCCAGUGCAUUGGCUCAGACCAUAUUUGUGAUUGUAACCCUGCAUGAGAACGCUAACACCAUGUACAAGUGCAAUAUAUACUGUAAAAUACACUGUAUAUCAGAUCACGGGUGACCACACCCUCUUUCAUAAUUAUGAUAUUUAUGCACAGAUAAAACAUGAGCUUGUUAUUUAAGGAAAAAACACUGCACUAAAAGAUUUUCACCAUACAACAGCAGUGCUAUGAAUCGGCCUGACAUGUCAACAUGAAAUAUAUUCAUCCAGCUUGAAGAAAGACAUUUGGGUUAACAGCACUUGCUCACUAAAUAAAAGCACUCCAUAUGUUUUUUAUUAAAAGUGUUGCUUCGCUGAGAUGCAGGCUGUACUCACGCCCCUAAGUCUGAGACAGGACAGUGUCUGGAUGUCAUCCAAGGUGGUUUAUUCCCUGUAAGCUUCAUAAUAGUCUAGAAUAGUAAAAAAUAUUUGAAGCACGGACCUCAAAAUGUUGAUCUUUUCUUUGACCUCCCACUACAACUGGAUAUCAAAUGGAAACAUAGUUAAAAAGUAAAACAUAAUAUAUGUGGCUCCUAAUUUUGCAUUUGUUCUAAAUUAAAGAAAAUACGGUGUUUGCCACUUUUUUAUUACUGUGUAAUAGUUGGUCACAUUUUAAAGGGCAGGUGUUUUUUUUGAGGGGGAUCCAUGAGUGGACAAAGGUACUGGAUCAUUCCUGGCUAAUUGGGGCACAAAUAACUAGCUCUGACAUGGAUGGAGACUGGAUUGUUGAAAGAGAUCACAGUUUUGGAUUGACUGCAUGAUGUAAAAAUGUAUGUGUGAUUAAAAUAAUUAUGAAUAAAUA